UCUCCCUUGAGAAAUAACUGACUGGUUGUCCACGCAGUGUGCUGGCGGCAGCAAUGAGUGCCGCGCUGCCAGGCGUAGCGCUAAAGCGGGCAGUUUCUCGUCGAAAAAGCAUCAUCAUGGUCAUAGCCAAAGUAUGGCAGCUUGUGCGGCGGCCAGAGGGGGAGCCGACUGUAGAGGAUUUCCUCUGUGUGGAAGAAGAGCUGCCUGCUUGCAGUGAAGGAGACAGUCUGUUGAUUCUGGAACCCGAUGCCCCUGAUUGGUUCUCCAGCAGCGUGUCUGAGAUUGGUUCAUCACUCACCGUCUCCAAUGCUGAUGACUUCACACAUGUCCUUGUGGAGGCUGUGGCCUUGAGCAUUGAUCCAUACAUGAGGUACAAGGCACGGCAAAUCCCUCUCAAUACACCCAUGUUUGGCUCUCAGGUAGCCAAAGUUGUUGAAAGUAAGAAUCCUGAGUUGCCAGUGGGAACCCACUUGGUCCACUAUGAGGGCUGGCGAACCUACACUGUGUUAACGAGCCAGCACCUGAAGGAUAAAGAACAUUUUGGUGUGAUGUGUCUGCCAGAAAUGGGUGAUCUCCCUAAAAGUUUGGGCAUUGGCAUCUUGGGCAUGCCAGGCAACACUGCAUACUUUGGAUUUUUGGAUAUCUGCAAGCCUAAGGCUGGAGACGUGGUGCUAGUGAAUGGAGCAGCUGGAGCUGUUGGCAGUGCUGUGGUGCAGAUUGCUAAGUUGAAAGGUUGCAGAGUAAUUGCUUUUGCUGGGUCAGAUGAAAAAGUUGCUUGGGUGAAAGAGCUUGGUGCUGAUCAUGCCUUCAAUUACAAAACCAUGAAUAUUGGAGAGGCACUGAGCAAGGUUGCACCAAAGGGUGUCAACAUUUAUUUUGAUAAUGUUGGUGGCAAGUUCACUGCCCAGGCCCUGCCACACAUGGCAGACUAUGGUGUGGUGUCCCUGUGUGGUGCCAUCUCCACCUACAAUGAGGAGGUAGACAUUGGUGUGCCAAGUCUCAGAAGUCCUUUCAAUGAGGGCACUGUGAUCUGGAAGCAGCUUCAUAUUGAGGGAUUUCUCGUUUUCCGCUGGAAAGCACGCUGGAUGGAAGGUUUGAAACAGCUUAGGGAAUGGAUAGAGCAGGGAAAGCUGAAAUACAAAGAGACUGUAUUUCAAGGAUUUGAGAAGAUGCCGAGUGCCUUCAUUGGUUUGUUCCAUGGUGAGAACACUGGUAAGACAGUUGUGGUGCCUUAGUGAGAUUACACUGUCUAGAACCACCAACAUUGCCUCAAUUUUAUCUUAAUUUGUUCAAUAGAUUCUUGCUUGAAUUGAAUAUGAAAUUUUAAAAUAUAGUAAACUAAUUACCAUAAAUACACUAAAUUUAAUGUCUGUCUUCAUAAUUUAUGAUAAAUUUAAACUAGAUGUGAUGGUGUCCCAUGCUUAAUAUAUAUAAUUGUCAUGUACUUUGUUGUCUGGUUGGAAAAAUGUAGUUUUUAUAUUCCAUUCACAAUGUAAAUGACUAAUUAAAGGACAUACCUCAUACUGCAUGGAUGUCUAUUGUUGUGCUCUUCAUCAUCUGUGAGGAGCAGCUUAGAAAGUACAACUGUAUAUGUAUCCAGACCUAAUUCCAAGCUAAAAUAUUUGCUUGUUAACAUCAGACCAUUUGGGGAUGUAUCACUUAUGUGUGUGUGUAAUUCUAAUGAUAUCAUCAUGCUUAUUGUACAUUAAACUAAUAAACAUAAAUUUAUUUAGGAGUAGGAGAGUGAUAUCAUGUGACAAGACAUGGAAACUUAGCAGGAUAUGGUGUGAGUACUAUGUGAUUCAGUCACUGAGGCUAGUCUCUCUGGCCUUGCUAUGAUAUCAGGUAUAGACCUUAGUCACAUUUGCCUUCCAUUAUUCAUAGUAGAUGAAAUUUUGGGUGAGUAUUUAGUAAUGGAAGAUGCUGUUCUUCAUUCAGAGCUCUUUCAGUAUAAGUUUAAAACAGCUGUGAGUUUAUGCACUGACCAGUGAUGCAAACAAUGACAAGUAAGUAAGUACUCAAGUACUCUUAUUUUGUAUCUAUCAAGAAUAAAUUUGAUUAAUGGAUGCAGUAAAUCUACAGAUUUAUUGUGAUGAAGGCUUUGCUAGAGGGAAAUAAAUGGCUUCAUGUUAUCUGCUUUUUGAUAAAUAUGAUUGAAUCAAUGUGAUUAUUCUUUAUACGAUAUGUAGACUUAAGUGAAGUAAAAUUUGUUUGGUUCUUUAA